AUGUCGGUGAAGAUUGUUGAUAUGUAUCUUUCGAAGACCAAAGAUGUAGUAAAGGAUGAUCUGCAGUUGUUGGCUAGUGUAGCUAUCUUCAUUGCAUGCAAAUUUGAGGAGCGCAGCCCACCUCUUAUUGACGACUUUAUGUAUGUAUGUGAGGAAAUGUUCACUCGUGAACAAAUGAUCAAAAUGGAAAUGAAAGUGUUGGAUACCAUAAACUAUGACAUUGGAUUUCCGCUCAGCUACCGAAAUGUCAGGCGCUAUGCUAGAGUGACAAAGACCGAUAUGCCAAAGUUGACACUUGCACGAUACGUUCUGGAGACAUCAUUGAUGUUUUACGAAUACGUUGGAGUAUCUGAAUCCUUGAUGGCGGCAGCUGCCAUAUUACUGGCUUUCAAAAUGCACGACAAAGAUGCUACUUGGUCUGGAUUGCAUUUAAUAGUCUUGACACCAAUCCUUCAAAAAUAUUCCGGUUACAAAGCUGAGGAGGUUGAAGCAAUGAUGUGGGAGUUGAACCAUAUGCUAUAUAAGCGUCGGGUAAUGUACGAUCGAUUGGAGACUGUUUUCUCGAAAUACAGCCAUGAGUAGGU